UAAUCCCAACAACACUACACAGCUUUUCUUAGCUUAGCCUAGCCUUGCAAUGCUACUAUACUAAUUGAGUAAUCAAGAAUUCAGAUCCCUUUUCAGGUAUAACAGUGUUUCAGUUUAGUUUCCGUCCAUCUUGACCAUCAUUGAUCUUAAUUUGGAUGACAUUGAUGAUUGCAAGUUAGCAGAAUGUAUCAUCAGAAUCACCAACGCGGGAAGAACAUGCAAACUCCCACAAGAAUGCACGUCCUUUCUGAAAGGCCCUUGUUCCUUGAUGGCUGUGGAGAUUCAGGGCUCGUGCUCUCCACGGAUGCCAAGCCACGCCUGAAAUGGACACCGGACCUCCAUGAACGGUUCACAGAAGCAGUGAAUCAGUUGGGCGGAGCGCAGAAAGCUACUCCAAAAUCAGUGUUGAAGCUCAUGGGAAUCCAAGGACUAACCUUGUACCAUUUAAAAAGUCAUCUUCAGAAAUACAGGCUGAGCAAAAAUGUCCACGGACAGGCGAACACUGGCAGCAGCAAAACUGCAGUGGAUCGAGUACCGGGGGCAAAUGGCGCACACAGUAGCAUGCCAAACUCAGCAACUCAAACAACCAAGAACAUGCCAUUGGGAGAAGCCAUACAGAUGCAAAUUGAAGUCCAACAGCAGCUACACAAACAGCUUGAGGUACAGCGGCAUUUGCAACUUCAGAUAGAGGCUCAAGGUAAGUACCUGCAGUCUGUGCUAGAAAAAGCACAGGAAACACUCGAGGGGCAGAAAGGCGUAGAGGCUGCCAGGAUCCAAUUAUCAGACUUGGCGUGCCGAGUAUCCUCCCAAUGUCUGAAUUCAACGUUCCCAGGAAUCAAUGAUCUGUCUCUGCCGAGACAACCCCAUCAGCCAACAGACUGUUCCAUAGACAGCUGCUUAACCUCAUUCGAAGGCUCCCUCUGCAAAGACCAAGAGCUAUGCAAUAGUCUGAUGGAUUUGAAGCCCCUCAAUUUUACAGCAUCUCCAGAGGAGCCAUGGUGCCAUAACGACGUGAACAGGCCACAGAAAACUGAACUGAGAUGGCAUGAAAAUACGAAAGGGAACAGAGGUUUAUAUGUAACCAAAUCCAGUUGCUUAUCAAUGAGCAUUGGACUUGAGAGCAGCCCUGGUAAAUGCAAUGGCAGAGCUUUGAAUCAGGACAUUAGCAGCAAUGCCUUAACAGCAUUGGAGGAGAAAAAUUCGAUAACAACAUCAGAACCAAAGCUCCCUUUGUUUUCGACUAGACUAGACCUUAACAUAGACGACAACAAUGCUGGUUCAAGCAGCUUGGAAUUAAACGGGUUCAGAUUAACAUAGAUUAAAGUUUUCAAAUUAUUAGAGAAACCAAACAUCACAUUCUCAGAGUUUUAACAUCCUCAAAAGCUAAUAAUAGAAUCCAACUUUGUUCGUCCAUUUCCCAUAUGGAUUGAUAUCAUAGUUUUGUAUGAUUUGAAUACAAAUCCAAUCGAUCAAGGAAUUAUUACAGCUAGCAGCCGUUUGGCGGCCACCGCCCCACCCCAAAUCCUCAGACUUGGUCCAAAAGAUUAAGCGCCUAAUAUACAUGUCUGCAAAGUAACAAUAGUUUAAUGAUCUACAUAAAGUUAGAAGAAUAGAUAUGCAUGCCUAGCCAUUGUCAUUUUUUUCUUUGGGUGUGCCAAAAGCUGACAGUGAUUGAUCUUGAGUGGGGGAAGUGAAUGCGUAGGGAAUAUUUGUCUUUUGUCCCUUUUCAGACUCGACCCUCAUCUGCCUCUACUAAGAGAGAGCAAAACACA